AUGGUUUGGAAUUCAUUUACUUCAGGAGAAUACUUCAUAAUUAACAGAAUAAACAACAGGUUGACCGAAAAUAUUGAUGCCCUUCCUCCUAGAGUAAGCGCGGUGUUCACUCAAACCCUCAAAUCCACAAGCUGGCUUCUGAAGCGAUUUCCAAUAAUCAAAGGGUUCUUAAUAGCUCCUCGACCUUGA